GUGUAAUAGGCAGCCACACCACAACCUCACAAAACACAAGUCAUCAACCUCAUCUUCAUCACCUAUCACCAGCUCCCUCUCUUCAUCAUCAAAAAUGGCGCUUAAUCUGACCAACACCUUUCUCCAAGGAACCACCUGUCUUCCAUCACUCCCACCCAAGAAAGUUUCUGGGGUUUCAAAUUACCGGGCGGUGGUAACGUGCAGGAAGAAGGAAUUACACCCGCAGUUCUACGAGGACGCGAAGGUGUACUGCAAUGGUGAGCAGGUGAUGACGACGGGUGGUACCCAGAAGGAGUACGUGGUGGAUGUGUGGUCAGGGAACCAUCCCUUCUACCUCGGCAGCCGCUCAGCUUCGCUCCUCGACGACGACCAGGUCGAGAAAUUCAGAAAGAAGUUCGGUGAGCUCACGGAGAUUAUGGAAAUCCCUGUCCUCAAGGGUGAGAUCAUUCUUCCACCUAAACGUAAAUCUGCAAAAGGAAAGAAGAAGUAGUGGAUUUGAUUUUGAAGAAAGAGAAAGAUUUGGGGUGUUUUUCUUUUCUUUUCUUGUUUGGUUUAGUGAGAUUGAUUUUUCAUUACAUAAUUAUCUGAAUGGUAUGGAAUGUCGACUAUGUAUUUGUUAAUAUGCCUCAGUUCAACCAAGAUAGAACUUCAAAUUUGAUAUCUUUUUCAGAAAGUAACCAUUCUUUGUUCAAUUUAGCUUAGUAAGUUAUGGAAUGUCGACUGUGUAUUUGUUAAUAUGCCUCAGAUUCUAAUGAUAGUUGCUUGUGACA